AUGCUUAAGUGUAAUUCUGAUGACGUUUUCACUGAUGAAAAGAAACAACUACUACGCGAGCAGAUAAUCCCCAACGCGGUACGGAUGCACAAGGACCGCCUGCUGGUGCAACCACUCAGAGAUAACAUCCGUGUUGAACACUUCACUGGGAGUCUUUGCUCUCAGUUUACGAUUCCCCAGUCUCACCACACCACCGGUGUACCGGAUACCGACUUUGUGCUGUACGUAGCGGCUGGACCAACUGUAUCUGGUAAUCUCGCGUGGGCAAUUAUCUGCCAGUUUGACUCUAGCGGCCGCCCCUUGGCUGGUGCUUCCAAUAUUGGGUCGGUAGACACUAUGAACGUUAUCUCUUCUAUACGUACCUUGUCACAUGAGUUACUACACGCGUUGGGAUUCGACUCUUUAAUAUUUAAGAAUAGAAACAUGGUUGAUACUGUGUCUGUUCGCAAUAAGCCACCAAGCAUUGUUCUGUCCUCGCCCAAAGUGGUGGAAGUUGCGAGGGCUCAUUACGGGUGCAGUACCAUGCAGUUCAUGGAGUUGGAGGAUAUGGGUGAUGAUGGGUCUGUGGACUCACACUGGAAGAUGCGCAACGCAAAGGAUGAGUUGAUGGCUCCUGCUUCAAUUGCAGGUUUCUACACCGCCAUCACCAUCGCGGCGAUGGAGGACACUGGCUACUACAAAGGCAACUACGGCAAUGCUGAAAGCAUGGUAUGGGGUAAGAAUGCCGGCUGUGUGCUGUUUGAUGAGAACUGCGUUAUUAACGGUGUGUCGCAGGUGCCGGAGAUGUUCUGUGACCGUAAAAUUGCUUCCAACAGUAAGUACAAGUGUACAUCAGACCGGAUGGGCAUUGGAAACUGCAUGAUGGAGUAUCAUACUAGCUUACCACCAUAUUUCCAGUAUUUUCCCAAUCGGAAAAUGGGUGGAAAAUAUGACUGGAUGGAUUACUGCGCAUACAUCGAAGCAUAUUCAAACACUAUGUGUUUAAAUGGAGAUGCAAAAAUGCUGCCCGGUUCUGUGUUUUCAGAAUCUGCGCGAUGUUUUUCAUCAUUCCAGAACAUUCCCCCCCAGAUAAGCGAAGGCAAAACUAUGCUUUCUAUCUGCGUAGACGUGCAGUGUGACAAGAGAACCUCUAAGUACCGGGUGCGCGUGAAGGGCGCCAGUGAUUUCGUGGACUGCCCACCCGGAAGCACACUUGUGCUCUCGGACUACAGUACAGAAUUUAGGUCUGGCGCAAUCAAGUGUGCACCAUACGAGGAUGUAUGCCCUAAAUCCCUUUACCCCGACGAUGACCGCGACAAUAACGACAACGAAAACAGCAGCACCACAUCCAGUACGAGUAAAGGCGCGUGCCUGUUAGCCAUAACGCUUGUGGCGAUUUUGUUAGCUAUGAUUGGUCUUUUGAUUUAUACCUGGCGCUAG